UUCCGGGGGCAGGGAGAGUGCUAGCCUCUUGCUCUUCGGCUCCCUCCGUUGCCCUCCGGUCUCUCCCCAGGCUCCCGGACCUCCCAGAUCCUGGCUUUUGCCCUGCUCUGCCGGCCAUGGCUUCAAGAGGCCGGUGCCGUCCAAUCCGUUCCCUUAUCCAGGUUUUUUGACAACGCUAUGCUCCACGCCCAUCGCCUGCACCAGCUGGCCUUUGACACCUACCAGAAGUUUGAAGAAGCCUAUAUCCCAAAGGAAAAUAAGUAUUCAUUCCUGCAGAACCCCCAGACCUCCCUCUGCUUCUCAGAGUCUAUUCCCACACCCUCCAACAUGGAGGAAAGGCAGCAGAAAUCUGUGAGUGGAUGCCUUCUCCCCAAGGCAGGAAUGCAGGAGACCUGUGGUCAGAGGCCCCGGGCAGCACAGCCACUGCCGGUCCUUCCCCUGCAGAACCUAGAGCUGCUCCGCAUCUCCCUGCUGCUCAUCCAGUCGUGGCUGGAGCCCGUGCAGUUCCUCAGGAGUGUGUUUGCCAACAGGCUAGUGUGUGGCACCUCGGACAGCGACGUCUAUGACCUCCUAAAAAGCCUAGAGGAAGGCAUCCAAACGCUGAUGGGGGUGAGGGUGGUGCCAGGGGUCCCCAAUCCUGGAACGCCACUGGCUUCGAGGGCUGGGAGAGAGAAACACUGCUGCCCUCUUUUUAGCAGUCAGGCCCUGACCCAAGAGAACUCACCUUAUUCUUCAUUUCCCCUGGUGAAUCCUCCAGGCCUUUCUCUACACCCUGAAGGGGAGGGAGGAAAAUGAAUGAAUGAGACAGGGAGGGAACAGUGACCAAGCACUUGACCUCUCCUUCUUUUCCUUCACUUUGCAGAGGCUGGAAGAUGGCAGCCCCCGGACUGGGCAGGUCUUCAAGCGACCUACAUCAAGUUUGACACAAACUGACACAACAAUGAUGCACUGCUCGAGAACUACAGGCUGCUCCACUGCUUCAGGAGGAACAUGGAUAAGGUCGAGACAUUCCUGCGCAUGGCGCAGUGCCGCUCUGUGGAGGGCAGCUGUGGCUUCUAGGUGCCCAUGUGGCAUCCUGCAACUCUUCCCAGUGCCUCUCCUGGCCCCAGAAGGUGCCACUUCAGUGCC